AUGGCUUCCAACGUCGUCAACGUUACCUCGCCCGAGCACUUCAAGACGCUCCUCUCCGAGGACCUCAACCGCGUCUCCCUCCUCAACUUCUGGGCACCAUGGGCUGAGCCUUGCGCUGCCUUCAACAAGGUCGUCGAGGAGACUGCUGCCCGCUACCCCCAGGUCCUCUUCCUUAACGUCGAGGCCGAGGAGCAGGCCGACAUCUCCGAGUCGUUUGACAUUGAGGCCGUGCCCUCGUUCAUUGUCCUUCGCGGUCACAGCCUCCUUGCCCGUCACUCUGGCGCGGACGCUUCCCUCCUCAACUCCCUCCUCUCCCAGCACUCUGCCACCACCUCGGCACCUUCGUCCAACGUCGCCGCCUCGACUCUGACCUCUGCCGAGCCAUCUCGUCCCCGCACUGAGGAGGAGAUCACUGCCCGCUGCCACGAGAUUAUGAACAAGCACAAGGUUGUGCUGUUCAUGAAGGGCAACCCCUCUGCGCCCAAGUGUGGCUUUUCUCGACAGACUGUGGGCCUCCUCCGCGAGAAGGGUGUCGAGUUUGCGUGGUUUGACAUUCUGAGCGACGACGACGUGCGCCAGGGCAUGAAGCGUGUCAACGACUGGCCCACGUUCCCGCAGAUUAUCCUCAACGGCGAGCUUGUCGGUGGACUGGAUAUCCUGAAGGAGAUGAUUGAGAGCGGCGAGUGGGACGAGAUGUACCUCGAAGAGGACAAGUAG